AUGAGUGGCGCAGGCGAUGACCGAUGGCGCGGAGGCCGAGCGUACGACCAGAACCGCCAAUCCGGACAACGACAUUCGAACAACAGAACCUCGAGCGCACACGGUGGGCCCCGCGGAGGCCAACAGAAUCAGAAUACAUCGAAUAAUAACUGGGGCGAACCGCGGGAGCAGCUGUCAGGGCCAAACCUGGAGCAACACGUUCCAGUGGGAGGCUUCAACGCUGCAGAGGCCAAGGCUGCUCUGAAAAGAGGUCCCGGAGCGCCGAAAUCUUUCUUCUACAAGCUUCAAGGGAAGGAUACCAAUAACCGUGCGAGCGGACCGUGGGGAUCGAAACCAAACACAAUGGCGAAUGGGAAGGACUUCUUUGUUGAGCUUCGAAAACAGGUAUCCGCUUUACGGCAAGGAGAGUCGGUUGCAGGAGGUUGA